UUUCUAGAGGUUAGCGGAGGAAGACAGAUGACAGACUUUAGGGCAGCUCUAAAGCCCCGGUCGGGGCCUAAGCCGGGGUCUGAAAUCAAGACAAGCACCCCAACGAAGGUUGACUUCAGAUCAUUGCUCAACAAGAAAGAUGGUUCAUCCAAAGCACCUGCUGCCACACCACCCCCAAGCAGCGCACCUUCAGGCUUCAGGUCUGUCCUGAACAAAAAGCAAGCACCAGAACCAGAGAAGACUGAGGAAAACGAACAGAAUCCAUCAAAACCAACACUCAAGACACCCCAGAAGGAAAAUCGAAGUGGUGUCAAUGGCGUAAAUGGUGGCGAAAAGGUGAAUGUAAAGGAAAACCCGACAACAGAGAAAAAAAACAGCAGCAAUGAUGUAGGGACAACUGAAAACAAGGAGAAAGCCAGUCCCAAGAACAAGACAAAUGAUGGACAAAUAACAGAGACAAACGAUAAAAAGGCAAAAGUGGUGAACGGAGGAGAAGGAUGCUGGAAAGACGCCUGUUUUCACACAGACUCUCGGUGACAUCACUGUGGUGGAUGGAGAGAAGC